GAAACGAAUGUAAGUUGUUCUACUUCACUUUUGUGGGCUAUCUUAGUUCGAGGAGAACGUUUUCUCCGAUACUGGAUAACUUCUGUAGUUCCCGCUACUUGGGAAGCCUAGCAAAAGAAAAGAACCAUUUGAUGAUUGAAUCACACAUUUUAAUUGGAAUGGAAGGUGACAUUUAUGGGGAUGUAAGUAAUAAUACAGCAAUGCAAGUAGAUAGCAGAAUCAUUCAGGCGUUUCAGAAGAACUUACUUGAAGCCCAGGAUAUUUUGGAUCAAAACAGAUUGCUAAUCAAUGAGAUUAAUCAAAAUCACUCGUCAAAGAUGCCACAUAACCUCAGUAGAAACGUGGGGUUGAUCAGAGAGCUGAAUAACAACAUCAGAAGGGUGGUUGAUCUGUAUGCUGAUCUUUCCAGUUCUUGUGUCAAGUCUCGAGAAGCUUCAUCUGAAGGGGAUUCGAGUGGGACUCUGAAGUCUGAUGGAAAAGUAAACCAAAAGAGAACUAGAAUCAGCUAACAGUUUCAAUCUGAGCUUUGGAUAGGAUUUGUUUCAUUCAAGGGAUCAUGAGACGGGGGAGCUCCUCCAUGUUUGCUUUACGUUGAGACUUGUUAUGACUGAAAUCUUCUUGACUUAGCCUAUUGGGUAGAGAUAGGAUUGGUGGUGUAACUUCCAUAUAUUUCCACACAACCCCCCCCCCCCAAUUGUGUUUAUCUUUUAUCCAAAAUUAUUUUAAUAAGAGUUAUAACCUUGUUAAUUUUCCGUCGAUUAGGAGUAAGAAAGAAAUAUAAUAUAUAUGGAGCUUGUUCUGAUGA